GAGAGUGUGGGCCAAGCCUUGAAAGAAGUAGGUGGAUUAUAUCUGAUGCCUAAGUGAAUCUGAGUAGUCCUUUGUAAAAUGAAAUGGACACUGGUCUUUCUCACCUUGUGCGUGACAAUAGGGGGUGUAUACAGUGACACGACGGUGACGGUCUACCCUCAGUGGCUGGCACAGGGACGUAGUGUGCGCUAUGAGAGUGACAGGUGGAACAAGCACAAUGGCCUGGAUAAAGAGUCCCUUAUUCCAAGUUGUCGGAGCAUUCGGACUGACAGUGGGCGCUGGAUAAACAGAGAUCUAAAUGAUCGUCUCUUCCAAGAUUGGCCAGAGGACCCAAACCGUAGCGGCUACCCUGACCCCAACUACUUGAAGAACGUUACCAAACAGGAGGAACUGUUCUCGGUAUACCUUGCAAACAUUAACAGUGGCUAUGAGAAUGACAUGGUCAUGAUGUUGUCAGCUCAUAGUUGGCCGAAUUGGAUGAACCAGUCCCAACAUGAAGGUCAAUUCCCCAACAACAUAGAUGCCGCUGCUGAGUUCGUGAUGUUGAUGGUGCAAGGAAUCUAUGAUUUUACCAAAGGUCAGAUUCCUCCAUACUUCGAGACCAUCAAUGAACCGGAUGCUCAAUGGAAGAUAAUGAACUUUACGACUGUCUCCAUCUUCCAUAAAUUAGUAGCGGAGAAACUACAUGCCAGAUUUAAUAUCAACGUGGCUGGCCCUACACUCACAGGGUAUUCUGGAGCGGCGGACAGAAACGACUUUUCGUUUUGGAGCCAAGUGGCACAGUUCAUGGACACAACUUUAGAAUAUUUAGAUGUGUUUUCCUUUCAUUCGUACAACUCACUUAUUGUUUCAGGAAAAUCUCACCGAUUUGCUGGUAUGAAUGAAGCGCGACUGGUAGCAUUUGUCGACCUUGUUGAAAACUAUGCCUAUCUGAAGACAGGAAAAAUUACCCCCAUUAUUAUCAGUGAAUAUGGUCGCGGUGGAGUGACAGGAAUUAGCUCAACAGCUCCAUCGGGCAUUGUCGACUUUGCAACAAUAUACCACUCCAAUGCCCACAGAUUCACUCAACUUGGUCUCAGAGAAUACAUUGACAGGACAGUUGUCUUUCUCUUAGCUAAUGAAAAAUACCCAGGACAUGACAGUCUCAACUGGUCACUUUUCACUCUUCAAGGAAACGCCACACAUAUCGCCGAUGUCUACAAGUUUUGGUACAAUUUCACGUCAGAGUACGCCUUCAUCAGAACCACGAGUCAGUAUGAUGGAGAGGAACGAACGGUUUCGCCAUUAGCAAUGUCCAGUUCCUUGUAUAAUGAAACCGUCAUUCUCUUACACAGCUAUUCUCAGAAGUCACAGAAUGUUAAGUUAGUUUUUCAAGACGGCUGGAUCAAACCAACCACUGGAGAAGCUACCUGCAUCACCAUCAAAGACGAUUGGUACCCAGUCAUCACCUUCAAAGAACCCUUCGACAUGAGCAAGACCCAAGGAAUGGUUGUACUUCCCCCUGAGGCAACAUGUCAUUUCACAUUCAAGACCCCUUCAAACACACUGCCUUCGGUCACUCUCAACGAAACCACAUAUUACGGAGCUGAUUCACUAAUACCAAUCAAGGGCAAUAUCAAGACAGUUAUAUCUCUACCAGAUGGCCAGUAUCACAGUGCAAGACUGAGAGUUUCAACCAGUUGGCCGAUCAAUGUAACAAACAGUGUUUCAUAUAUUACCUUCAAUCUCCACCGCCUUGACUCUUUCUAUAAGCUGUAUGAUUCUGACAAGUUUGACAGUCCAACCUAUUGGGAAGUUUGGGAGUUUGAUGUCCCUACCUCCCUAUUUGUCACCGGGGCUAACCAGGUACAGGUCCACUUCUCUAACAACAUGACGGCGGGAUAUGUUUCUUCACUUGCCCUUGUCACAGCCAAGCUUGUCCCAUUUGAUGUGAAGUCCUGAUAAUAUGAACCAUUCCGACCCAUUCCUUAAUUGUAAUGACACCAUUUAACAAUUUGUUGCAAUAAACCUGGCUUAAAUGCU